AUGGGAGUUCCAUCGCCUUGUCAUGCAUUUUGUCUCUGGGGUGUUCACUGCCUCCGGGCAGAGUGCCACAUCAAUAGUUUCGGCAUUGAUAGGUCUUUUCGUGAAAAACAAGAACCAAGUCCAUCAAGUCAUCGUGAAUCACAUUCAUCAAGACUUGAGGUCAAUUAUUUUUUAAGAAAGAUACUUGGGAUACUUGAAGUACAUCCCACAAUCUUAAAUUAUCAUAAUUAUCUUAAAAUAAAGUUCGUAAAAAUUACCAGUCGUAAAACCGCCAUUUCUUCGACUAAACAAGUGAGAAUACUUACACAAAACAACAAAACACUUACAAAGUUAACAACCGAGUUCAAUACAUAUGUUAUACCAAAGACGACUUUUAUUGAUCCCAAUGAUUUCAUAACCAAAUUCAAAGCUUCACAAGCAUAUACAUCGGGCAAGUCAUUUCUCCAAACUGCCCAAACUCCAAAAUCAUUGCUUUUUGUACCAACUGCCCCAAAAGCCAACGUACCGGAAGGUGGUUUCUUGGAGACUGCUAUCUCUUAUCAACGAGGUUCAAGUGUUAGCCAUUUGGAUCAAAAAACUUAUACAAAUACUCCUGAUUUCUUGAUGAGACAUUCCCUGGAACCUGGUGCUACUACUGAUAAGUUGAUUCAAUUGGGUGGUAAUUACAGCGGCGGUGCAAUCGGUCCUUUGUUACUUGACAUAAUGUCAUCAAUUGGGUAA